UUCAGAUUGAUCACAAAACUCAUGUUUUCGCCAUCUACGAAAGCAGCCUGGUGGCUGGCAACAUUUCUUAGUGUGUUAGUCACAGGUGAAAUACCUAUCCAGUCGGAGCUGGAGCCGGAAUUCCUGGCGCCGCUUGAGAACCACACGGUGACACUAGGUCGCGAUGUGCACUUCACAUGCGUCGUCAACCACCUUUCCAACUAUCGGGUCGCAUGGAUAAAGUCCGACUCGAAGGCGAUCCUCGCGAUCCAUACUAACAUGGUGGCGCUGAACCCGCGUCUAUCUGUCACCUACAACAACCACAACACAUGGAAGCUGCACGUCAGCAACGUACAGGCUAAUGAUUCGGGCACCUACAUGUGCCAGGUCAACACGGACCCAAUGAAGAGUCAGAUGGGUCACCUAGCGGUAGUGAUACCACCGGACAUAGUGGACACGGUUAGCGAGGGCAGCUCGGCGCGUGAAGGCGGCAGCGUGCGGUUAGCAUGCAGCGCGACGGGCGUGCCGGCACCCGCUGUCAUGUGGCGUCGAGAACACAACAAGCCCAUCGUAUUCCGUCAUGAUGGCGGCCGGGAGAAGAAAGUGGUGGAAGUCCACAAAGGAGAAAGCCUGGACAUGUCGAACGUCCAACGGAGCGACAUGGGCGCUUACUACUGCAUCGCGAGCAACGGCGUGCCCCCGACCGUCAGCCGGCGGUACCACGUGCAAGUACAUUUCAUACCACAAGUUAAAGUUACCAAUCAGCUGGUCGGUGCGCCGCUGGGCAGCGACGUGGCUUUACAAUGCUACAUUGAAGCAUCCCCAAAAGCUAUGAACUCAUGGUAUCGAGAAGAUGCCUUAUUGAGCGACAAGCUUCUCGAGAACCCAAAAUUCCGUGUAACAGAAACUAUAGUGAACGAAUAUUCUCUAUGGAUGAAUUUAACUAUAAAAUUAUUGGCACCAAGUGAUUUUGGAACUUACGUGUGCGCGUCGGUCAACGCGCUGGGGAAGAUGGAGAGCCAAGUCAGCUUACAUAGAUUAGAGCUGAACGGUUUCCCCGACGAGCCGCUAGUGUCGGGCGCGGCAUGGCAGCGCGCGCGCAACCUGCCCGCGCGGGCGCACCCGGCCUCAUCCCAUGCGCAGUACUCCCUCGCGCAACGGCUACCACCACAGCUCUAUGCUCUUAUGCUCACUGCUCUCAGAUAUGUUACUACAUUUUAAUUUUUUCGCAGAAAAAACAAUCGAAUCUGAG